AUGCCUUUAUCUUUGCAGGAUGGGUCGGAACCAGCGGAAAAUUUGAAGCGCCGGAUGUUGAGGCAGCAUUCGUUGUUGAAGCGGCAGAGAUUGAGUGAAAACGGCGGCAGUCGGCGGCAAAUCAUUGAUUCAGAUGAUCAGAAGCGUGCCCAGCGUUUUCUUGGGACUUUGAUGGGUACAUUAGGGAAGUUUCAGAAAGAAUCAGCUUUUUUGCAAGAAAAAAAUGCAAAAAGAGCAGAAAUUGAGGCUAGAUUGGCAGAAUGCAUGCGUAAGGAGAAGGAGGAGAUAGAGGAGCGUGUACGUACGGAGCAGGAUGAGAAAUAUCGGCGUGCAGAGCGGCAACGACGAGAGAAUUUGCGUGAAUUUGAACGGAUGUCGCUGGAGACGUUUUAUAAGAAUGAAAUAGCAGCAGCACAUUCUUUGAAGACAGUUACGUCGCCGGUAUUGUUUUAUCUUCCGUGGAAGCUUUCUCCAAAGGAAGAAGAAAAAGUAAGGAUGCGGGUGGAGGACUUCGAAAGAAUGUAUCGGCAAGCACUUAGGAAGCUGGAUGAGAGUUUUAUGAGUGAGAAUAGUAUAUAUACUUCUGAUAAACAGGUUUCUUUAGAGAUCGAGCCGGAGACUCAGAAUGAGAUUGUGGAAAUGGCAAAUCAGGAUGAAAUCAUUGACCCUAUUGUCGGUUCUAUGCAAGAAGAUCGCUCUUUUUUACAGGAUCGGGAUGACCAUCUGUCUUCGGUUGGUUCUGUUUCGGAGCUAAUUCAUGAUUCAAAAGUUUCUGAUCAUAAUGAAGAUAUGGUUGAAUAUUGA